AUGACACUAGAGGCUGAUUCGAGGGUGACAAGCGAUCGCGCUCAGCCUUGGAAAGAAUGGCUGGACAAGGAGAAGGAGGAGAAGGAGAAAGACCCAGAGAAGGCCAGCCAAAAGCCCUGGUUGACGUGGCAGCCUACACCCGAAGACCCAAGCAUCAAGCCAUGGCUGACCUGGAACCCAAACAUUGACAAUGGAGACGUCGAUCCAAACAAGAAGAUCAUCAAGACUCAUGUCAUGGGAGGAUGUCCUAGCUCGGCAAAACAGCAAGGCUGA